CUCUGCCAGUGCAGUCCAAGCUGCUCUGCAGACGUCAGCCACAGACCCUCUCUCUCUCUCUCUCUUCUCUCACAUCAGCCGCUCUUCCUCUCUUAAGGUAGGAAACUCUACUAGUCUAACUAACUCUAACUAGUAUAAACUUCAAGCUGUACCGGUCAACCACUGAGCAAUACGCAAAUCAUUCACAAUCUAACAAAAGGAAAACAUUAUCCAACCUAAUCGAACAAACAACAUUAGAAUAGUCUACAUCUGAAAAAUGAGAAGUGACCAUCAGCUGUAAAGGGAAGAGUGUGACUGCACCGUAAUCUUUUUAAAUGAGUUUGCAUUACCAAGCAUCGACACUGAUCUGGUCCAGAUCUUCAUGACACAACCAGCCGCGGCAAGUUACAGUUUGCCUGAAGUCUUCAACUUCAGUCCAGUCUUAAGCUCCAGUCCAGAGUUUGACAAAAGUCUUCAACUCCUAUCCAGAGUUUGACGGAAGUCUUCAGCUCCAGUCCAGUCUUAAGCUCUAGUCCAGAGUUUGACCAAAGACCUCAUCCCCAACUCAAACCAAAGAAGCGUGGUGAGCUUAGAACUCAAGACUCAACUCACGUGACUGACGUGCCUAAGACACACACACACAGAGACACAAAAACACACACACACACAGACCCACAGACAGACCGACCCACAGACAGACAGACAGACAGAUACAAGCCUGACAGACAGAUAGACAGACCGCCAGCCAGCCGGAUAGCCCCAAGGCCGAGACCCAGAGCCCUCCCAGGAUGGAGCGCGUGCAGCACAUGACCAAGACGGCCAUUCGCCGGGCGUCGCACAUCGAGAUGAACCCUCAGACCAAGAGGAACCUGCAGGAGCUCUUCGUCAACUUCACCCUCAUCCUCAUCUGCCUCCUGCUCAUCUACAUCAUCGUGCUGCUGAGUAGCUGAACACCCAAUGAACUGACUGGAGGUGGUGGAGGUGGUGGAGGUGGUGGAGGGAGUUUGGGUUUGGCCUACUUUCUUUUUUGGGGGCAGCAGUAGCUCAAGGAGGUAGAUCGCGUUGGCUGGUAAUCCCUGAGUAAGGCUCCUCACCCUACUGGCUGACACCCGUCAUGGUCGACUCCGCCGUCGCUGUGUGAAUGUGUGCAUGAAUGGGUGAAUGCCGGGCAAUAUUGUAAAGCGCUUUGGAUAAACCCACACCACCACACGCACACACUUUGACACACUCACCUACAGGACAGAAGCACACUUAAAUAAUUUUAAAGGAGACAUAUUAUACCACCAGGUGUGAGUGUGAUUAGCCUUACAAGCCGUUUCGAAAAAAUCUUCCCCACAUGACAUCACUAGUGGGCGUGUCCACCUAGAUCUGUGCUGGAUAUAUCUACCAGCCUACCCAGUGGACUGUAGAAAACGUUGCUCAUCUAUCUAUCUAGGUGGAUACGGCCAUUUGUAAUGUCAGAAGAGGCCGAUUUUCAAAACGGCUUGUAACUGCUAAUCACACUCACACCUAGUGGUCUAAUAUGUGACCUUUAAAGUAAUACUCUUGAAGAUUGUCAUGUUAAUGUCUGCUAAAGGUUUGAUGUGUUCAUUCCUGCCACUAGGGGUCGCUAAAUCAAAACAACAGCAAAGGCGUAGUAGCGAGUACCGUGGCAUCAUGGGAGUUGUAGUCUUCGCCGCCAUUGCCGAAGAAAGCCCAUUUGACGUCACUUUUUAUAUGUUUUAUUUUGUAAUGAGUUGGUGUAGGUAGGAAUCUCGGGCUAUGUUCUUUGACGCAUGUAUGCUUAAUAGAUAUAGUGCCGUUGAGACCUGUACUGUGUUCCAAUAUCCAUACUUCCAUGAGUACACUUAAACGCAGUACACCACACUCACUAAGUGCUCUGAUUUUCAGAUGUCAGUCAUGUAAAAAUCAAAUACUCCGUGGUGCACUAACCGCAAAUUACGAUCAUGACUGCCUCCGCGGCUCCUCCCCCGCAAUAAACAUCCCGCUUUGGACUGUAAACUCUUACGCCUAGCAGCUAUAAAAAGCUAUAACAGCUAUGAAAACUACAAAACGACUCCAUUAAUUCAGGCUAUCUGGAAAAUGCGCCGACGUUGGCUCAGCCUGGCUCCGCCCUCUUCCGCCACGUGGCUAAGAUGGCUGCCGAUGAGUAUGAAAAAUGUGCAUCUAUCCACACUGCGCGGUUUGACCUUUUUUGGAACGCCCUGCGUACUCAAGCUAAGUAUAGUGAGUGCGGAUAGUGUGGAUAUUGGAACGCAGCACUGGGUUGAUAUGGUUGAUGGUUGAAUCCCACAUGUUGCCUACAGUGACAUCCCACGUUAUAACAGCCACAAGUAACAUAGCGUUAACUUGCCAACUUACAAAUUUUGUGUUGAUAUCUGUGGUCAAAAUAAUCAUAAUAAACAUAAUGAGCAUGUUG